AUGGUUAACGUUUUUAAUGUUCAAAUCUUUUUCAUUGUUUUUAGAGAAUGUUUAGAAGCAGUUGUUGUUGUUUCUGUUUUAUUAGCAUUUUUAAAACAAGGUAUUGGUAAAUCAACUGAUGAUCCCAAAGUUUAUAAAAAAUUACGAAAUCAAGUUUGGUUUGGAGCUAUUCUAGGGGUGAUUAUAUGUAUUAUAAUUGGUGUUAUUUUUAUUGCAUUAUUUUAUACAUUAGGUAACGAUAUUUGGUCAAAAUCUGAAGAUUUAUGGGAAGGUAUAUUUUGUAUAAUUGCAACUGUUUUAAUUUCAUUAAUGGGUAUUGCAAUGUUAAGAAUUAAUAAAAUGAAAGAAAAAUGGAGAGUUAAAUUAGCUAGAGCUUUAACUAAAGUACCUGAUAAAAAGAAAGAUAGAUUUAAAAUUGGUUAUUUGACUAAAAAAUAUUGUAUGUUUAUAUUACCUUUUAUUACAUGUCUUAGAGAAGGUUUAGAAGCUAUUGUAUUCGUUGGUGGUGUUGGAUUAAAUUCUCCAGCUACUGCUUUCCCAAUCCCUGUUAUUUGUGGUUUAAUUGCUGGUAUUGCAGUUGGUACAAUUUUAUAUUUUUCAGGUUCUUCAGUUUCAUUACAAGUAUUUUUAAUUAUAUCAACUGGUAUUUUAUAUUUAAUUGCUGGUGGAUUAUUUUCAAGAGGUAUUUGGUAUUUUGAAAAUCAUACAUUAUCAGUUAAAACGGGAGGUGAUGCUUCAGAAAAUGGUUCAGGACCAGGUACUUAUGAUGUCUCAAAUACUAUAUGGCAUGUAAAUUGUUGUAAUCCAGAAAUUGAUAAUGGUUGGGAUGUUUUUAAUGCUUUAUUAGGUUGGCAAAAUAAUGCAACUUAUGGAUCUGUAAUAAGUUAUAAUAUUUAUUGGCUAAGUAUUAUAGUUACUUUAUUAUUAAUGUUAUAUGAAGAAAAGAAAGGUCAUUUACCAUUUUUUAAAUCAUUAACUUUAAGAUCAUUAAAUCCAAUGUAUCAUUUUAAGAAUAAAAAACAAAAUGAAUUAAGUGAAGAAGAAAAGAAAGUAUUAUUUGAACAAUUACAUCAUACCCAGUUUCAUAAUGAAGAAGAAGAAAUGGAAGAAGAUUGUAUUAUUAAAAAUGAAUCAGUUAUUGUUAAUUCUGAAAAAAGUUCUUAA